UCACUGAGUCGCAUUAUGCUCUGUAUUGGAAAACUACCAAUGUUUCAAGUCCGUAUCGAGUCAUUCACUUUAAUCGAUGUUUAUAAGCAGGUCACUCACUAUGAAGAUAAAAUUGACAGACGUCAAAUGUUACUAAAAUGAUCUCUCACAUUAGAAUUAAUAAUUUCUAGGAAAUUACUUGUUGAGACUUCUCAGGUACUAGAAUAGAAGCACGUUAAGAUUAAAUUUCAGAAAAUGGAGGUUACGAUCGCGAACCCGAAGCCUAAUCAAAUGAUAACAUGCCCAUACGAGAAGGCGCAUAUAGUAGAACACUACAGGAUGCACAUACACCUGCAGAAGUGCCGCAAACAACAUCCGGCUUGUAACAAAGUGCAGUGCCCGUUUGAUGCUACACACGUCGUUAAUGAUGUGGAACUCGAUUUCCACGUAACGGUGUGCCCUAAACGUCACAUGCUGGACACACAGCUGUACAUCACGGAUGACGAGUACAGACCUACAGUGGAAGUCCAUGCCACACCGGUGCUGCCGAGCGACGAGAACUGGGACGACGAGACAUCAACUUCAUACAUACCGGAUCCAUCGAAGAAGGGCGCCCAUAUAAUAACAAAAGCUAAAGGCUUGACCCGCUCAGAGAGGCAGAGUCUGAGGAAGGAAUUGAUAAAGACUUACAGACCAUUAGAAUAGACUUAACUUAAACUUGUAAAUUCCUGUAAAACUUAGUAACUGUCCUCCUCUAAGAAGUUAAAGUACUAUAUCACUUAUUUUCAGUGUAUUACAGUGUAAGUGACUAUUCACCAGUUGUUUUGGUGGUUUUUUUUUUUGUAACUAUAGUAGACCUAGGUAAAUAAAUUAAUUGUUGUGAUAGUAGAUUGAUGUACCAAUUUAAGUAUAUGACAAAUGAGUCGACUAGUAUCAAAGCCGGCAAUGUGACUUUUGGACAAUUACUGGUAAAUCAGAAAAACGAAUUAUUGACUUUGUAUUCUAUUGGCAGUCACAAAACUCUUCUGAACGAUAUCUUAGAUAAAUAACAGGUUAAGUAACCUUUAUUUAAUGCAAGUUUUGAACCGUAUUCUUUGAAGGAGACAAUUAUAUUCAAAUCAAUCUGUAUUGACAUAUCAAUAACAUUUUUUUGUCCAAAUGCACAGAUUGCCACCUUUGAUAAUAGACGACUCAAAUAUGUAUUUAGUACGCAUUUAAUAUAGUAGCCUAAAUGUGAUUACCAGUGCUAACGACUACAGUAACAGAGAAUUAUCGCUUAUUUUAUUUGAGGAGCGUAGUCUAUCUAUUUAUCUCUUAGGUUUAUGGCGUUUCCUUUUAGAUUUCGCCAAUGUCAAGUGUAUUUAAUACUCUGCUUUCUAUAGCGGGCUUCGUGAACGAGCAAGGUCACAGAUAUUCACUAAGAAUUAAGUGAGUAGCUAAGAAUGUUUGAUGAGACUAGUGUCGAGUUCCAAUUUUGAGGUUAGAUUCGGUUUGACAUUGACGUGCGGCAGCGUUUGACAGAUGUCAUUUUUGACGUGUAUAUGUCUCUCGUCAACGGAUUCAAUGACUCGGACUCGUGUUCUUAAGACUUUAGUUAUUACAAAGGAAAUAAAAUCCUAAUUUAAUCGGAAGGUUUUUUCAUCGAUGAAUAUGUAACGAAUUUGUAACGUAAAAAUUGGAACGGAUUAUAGACGCUUGCGAAUAAGAAUCGUUAGUCGUCAUUCGUGACGGCUACGGAUUGACUAUAUUCAAGAAUUAAGAGGAAAAAAAUCAACACGUUGAAAUAAAAACCUUGAGAAAACCUUUGAGGUUCUAAGGCACACAAAAAAAAAACAAUCGAAUUGAGAAUCUUAAAUUUUUGAUGUCGCUUAGAAAAGGCAUACCCCCGGGGAAGCGCGCACUACAUAAUAUCUAUAACUUGUAUGGAUGUGUGUAACGACUAAAUGUAUUGGGGAACUUUAGAAAGACUGAGAUUACUAUAAAUACGCAAGAGGUUUUUCGGAGGCGACUUUGUCUAUGGUGCCUAGUGUCAGCGCGGUAAGGUCAUUGAACCUGUUUCAUUUUGAGCGCGCGCUUACUAGAGGUCGUUAGGGUGAUUAUCGAACUUAUAAUGUAGGGAAGUAAUUGAGCUGCUAGCCUUUAUUUCUCGUUCUGAGGUUUUGUCCUUGCCAUUUAUAAUAAAAGUCGAACUUUUGAAAGAUACGUUCAUUCCGUUUUUCUGUAGUUUCUGGUUUUUUUUUUAAUUUUCAUGUUGGUUGAUUAAGCAAGCCUCUUCGUUAACUAAAGAUCUCUUGUUUUUUUUUCCGAUUGUUAAAUCAAUAAAAAACGACACAUCAUGAGUGUGCCAAAAUAUUAAUAGCUACCUACGUUACCGAGCUUACGAUUCGUGUACGGGCAAAAAGUGGACAAAUUUCGCGACGCCGCAAUGAAAAUCGUACAAAACUGCGUUCAACAAAAGCAUUCUACCGCCCCUAUAAAUUGUGUUAAAUCAAAACUAUGAACAUAAACACAUGUUUCCUGCGGAGGUCGAUUUCUACGCUUUCCAUUGCCGGUGUGCAUGCCUAUAGUGUAGUAUGUCACAUUACGAGGAUUAUAAUCCUUUGUCCAUUCAUUAAACAUUCAUUGCGCCCUGUAAUUUUUUUUUAUAUUCUGACAAUUCAAUCUUCUGUCUAAGAGAACGUUUUUGUUUAUAAGUAUUUUAUUACAUACUCAUAUCGAAUUACGUGUAAUACUUAAUUGUAAUAAGAGAUAAUAUUUUGUUAAUUUUGUAAAGUAUAUGUGUAUGUAUAGAUAACUAUAUUAUUAAAUGUAUUUCUUUGA